CCCUUCUCCAGCGUCGUUCCAAACGCAAUCUUCGUCAUCCCCGCAAAGGCAAAACCACCUUGGCUGGCUGGUCGCCCUCCUCUCUUCUCCACCAUCCUCCUCAUCCUGCUUCUUUUCUUUUUAAUUUCUGGGCUCAUCUUCUUAUGCCUAAUACUGCUAAUCAAUUGCAGAGGCUGGCCAUUUGAUUGAUGCCCGCCAUUGAAUGAUUUUGUUUUGUUCCACCACUGCUAUAUCAAAUCAAUAUGUAUUUAGAUAAAUGUACGUAGGAAUCAGAUAAGAGUUGGGUGUUAACGAAAACAAAGAAAAGAAUGGAUUUUGUGGGCUCCCCCUCUCCCUCUUCCGCCUCAACUUCUGCACCAAACGAUGUCACUUCUCAGGAGCAUUAUGUGACAUCAAUUGAGGCAGAUCACGAGACAACGUGUUGGGGCUGUGGAGUCCGUCUUCUUGUUUCACCUCAUGCACCUGUUUUCAAAUGUGGCUGGUGUGGAGCAAUAACUAACAGAAAUGCAUUGAAAAAUAAUAACCAGUACUAUAAGUGGAGACGUUUGCGAGAUCGUUGCUUUGUUGUUUUCGUCCUUUUGUUCAUGCUUUUUAUAAUAUGUGGUGGCAUCUGGGCAGUCUAUCCUGUUGUUUUCUCAAUCAGUUUUUUCUGGGGAAUUUUCCACUCCACAAUAACUCUAAUACUAUCUGUAUCUACAUUAUCUUCGUUUGGCCUAGCAUCAUUUCUGUCUCCUGGUGUUCCACCAAGGAUAUUGUGGGGUAGCUACCCAGCAGUAGGAAAAGGUGGACUUGAGAACUAUACCUUUUGUCACCACUGUUCAAAGCCUAAGUCAUCAAGGACGCACCAUUGCAGUUCGUGCGGAAUGUGUGUAUUAGACAUGGAUCAUCACUGCCCAUUUAUUGGAAACUGUGUUGGUGCAGCUAAUCACCGGUGCUUCAUCAUCUUCCUCAUUUCAGCUGUAAUGAGUACAAUCUAUGUCUCAACUAUAUCUUUUUAUGCGGCACUUCAUGUCUGGCCACCAGUAAAUUAUGUGGCCAAUCAACCUCUAAACAGGCUUCUUUCUUAUGAGGUCACCUUGAACUUCUUGAAAGAAUCUGCUUUUGCAUUGCUGAGAUCUGCUGUCUUUCUUACACCAAGAGGGCGUGUUCUGGUUUACCUUUUCAUCGCUAGUGUCUCGGUGGGGAUUGGUUUAAGCGUACUCUUGUGGCAACAGCUCUCCUACGUAUAUAGAGGGAAGACUUACUUAAGUCAAUUAAAUGCUUCAGAGGGUGACGGUGGGGAAAGGGAUUGCAAAAAUUUAAUCAACUUUUUUGGUUGUCAGUAUAUUGCAGCGAGAUAUUUCCCUAGUUUUUGGAACUCAAGGAAGACUCACGAGAAGUAAGCACGAAGAGGGAGCCAAAAUCAAGAUUCUGACAUGCAAGAUUGCGGACUUCAGGGAUUUAUGUAGCUGCUCUUCUACUUUUGAUAGGAAAAUUUUGGAAGCUUCCACUCGUUAUAGUUAUUACUGUAGUUCGUUGUUCACUGGCUUUUAGAUGUGAGCUGGUAAUGAAUUUUGCAUCACGUCUGCCACAUUUUUCCUUGUACUAUUUUGUUUGGAAAAAACUUGUGUCUGCGAGGUUAAAUUGAAGUUGGAUCUCA